AAACCCAGAAUAGAGAAGACAGCAGCAACUCAGGAUUUCCUCGGUUCCUGAAAGCAAACCCGGCUGAAGCUGGUUUCUGUGUUUUCUUCUGAAUGAGAUGCAAUUCCUGGCACGCCGGAGCCAGUAGAUAAAGGUCGCGACCCAGCCAGUAGGGAAGCCCGGAGGGGGAAUCCUAUUGCAGGGAAACCAAACCAGAAAAACGAUCAGACCUUCGAAAGGGGAACUUAAUUGGGGAAGGGGGUAAGGGAGGUGGAAUUGAGGUUUGUUCCUUUUCCACCUUGGCCACCAGACUCUCCCUAGAGUAGAAGCAACAGAGAUUUGGGGUGGGGCCAGCUAAUCUUUUCAUUACGCCCCUAUUGUCUUUUUUCUUGGGGCUAGGGGGAGGUGGGGAGGAGGGGGUCUUGAGGAGGGUAGGCUGUCUACGUGCAUAGCAGGCGGCUUCCCCGGUGGAUGAGUGAAACGCAGGAGGAGCGGGGGGAGCUAGCUUGGGACUGGACAGCUCAGCGGCCAGGGGUUGGGGUGGGAGUUGAGGCCAAUAGGAAAGUGUCAGAGGCUGCUGGGUCCCACCCGGGCUAGGGGGAGGAGAAGGAGGAGGAGAAGGAGGAGGGGCGGGGAAAACCUCGGCGGGCGGCGGCGGCGGCAGCAACAGCGGCAGUGGCAACUGGAAGAAGACAAGGCGAAGGAUGCCGGCCGCUGCUGGGGACGGGCUCUUGAGCGAGCCAACCGCGCCAGGCUCGGGGCUAGGAGGAGGAGACGACGCCGGGGAAGACGCGAAGCCUCCUCUAGCCUCGGCUGGAAGUUUCCUCCCAGCCUGGGUGAGCGCGGUGUCCAGGGAGCAGCUCCGGGACUUCCAGCACAACAAACGGGUUGGCAACUAUCUCAUCGGCAGCAGGAAGCUGGGGGAAGGCUCCUUCGCUAAAGUGAGAGAGGGACUACAUGUGCUGACCGGAGAAAAGGUGGCAGUGAAGAUCAUUGACAAGAAGAGAGCCCAGAAGGACACGUAUGUCACGAAAAAUCUAAGACGAGAGGGGCAGAUCCAGCAAAUGAUCCGGCAUCCCAAUAUCACGCAACUCCUUGAUAUCUUAGAGACAGAAAAUAGCUACUACCUUGUCAUGGAGCUGUGUCCCGGCGGCAACCUGAUGCACAAAAUCUAUGAGAAAAAGAGACUGGAAGAACACGAAACUCGCAGAUACAUCAGGCAACUUAUCUUAGCAGUAGAUCAUCUUCAUCGGGCAGGAGUCGUCCACAGAGACCUGAAGAUAGAAAAUUUGCUACUAGAUGAAGAUAACAAUAUCAAGCUAAUUGACUUUGGCUUGAGCAACUACGCAGGCAUCUUGGGUUACUCAGAUCCUUUCAGUACCCAGUGUGGCAGCCCAGCCUAUGCAGCUCCAGAACUUCUUGCCAGGAAAAAAUAUGGUUCCAAAAUAGAUGUCUGGUCUAUAGGUGUGAAUAUGUUUGCUAUGUUAACUGGAACGCUGCCUUUCACUGUGGAGCCAUUCAGUCUAAGAGCUUUGUACCAAAAGAUGGUGGACAAAGAAAUGAACCCCCUCCCUACUCAACUCUCUACUGCAGCCACAAACUUCCUUCGAUCUUUACUAGAACCAGAUCCUGCAAAGAGACCAAAUAUUCAACAAGCACUGGCAAAUCGUUGGCUUAAUGAGAAUUGUCCUGGGAAAACUCCAUGUAAUAUCACAUAUCCAAACAGGAUUCACCUAGAAGACUUGAGCCAAAGUGUGGUACUUCACAUGACUGAAAAACUUGGAUACAAAAAUAGUGAUGUGAUCAACACCGUCUUGUCCAACAGGGCUUGUCACAUCCUUGCCAUCUACUUCCUGCUGAACAAGAAACUUGAGCGCUAUUUGUCAGGCCUUAGAAAAUCAAACAUUCAAGACAGCAUUUUCUACAAGAACCAGCUCUAUCAGAUGGAAAAGUACAAAGUGAAUAAAGAGUCUUACGAGGACAAAAAGCUUAAAGAGCAAGAGAAGAAAGGAGAUUUUCUUCAUCGACCAUUUCCAAAAACACUAGAUAAGUACCUGACUUCCUACAAGCAGCAGCCUUCUGCUUGUCUCAUCACACAGAUUCAAAACACAAAAGCCAGAAAGGACCAGAAAGCUACCAAGUCUAAUUUCCCGGAAAAAGAAUCAUUUCGUGGCCUUAGCCCCUUUCAUGAAGCUGCUACAGGAGCCAAGACUGGAUGUAUUGCUUCCUGCUCUUUGGAAUAUCUUGAAAUUCAGCACCCCAGGACCCCGAGAAUUAUGAAGAAACAGGAGCUUCAUCAGCCAGAACCUGCAAGCCUGGGGAUCCAGUCAAAGGACGCUCAUUUAAUCCUAGAUGUUGUACGGUCCUUUGAAUCUGUCGAUCGAGAGGACCAAAUAGAAUUGCUUUCUCCAACUCAUCACUAUAGGAUUUUGAAUUCCCCAGUGAACAUUUUACGAAGAAACUCUAAUGAGAGGACAUUAUCGCCAGUUUUACCAUUGGGGAGCAUCUCCCCUAGCAAAGCUCCUACCCAUUCUACUCCAGCCUCUUUUGCCUAUGAAGAAAAAAAUAGCCCUUCAAGGGAAGAGAGCAUGUGUUCCCCUCCGGCAGUUCCUUCUAAUAGCACUGCACAUCCUCUGGGGAGUCCAAAUUGUGUGAAAAGUAGAGGCAGGUUUCCCAUGAUGGGAGUUGGACAAAUGUUGAGAAAGAGAAAUCAGACUAUUCAGUCCUCCACUGACAAGCCUCUAGAGGUCAGGUUGCCUCAACUACAUCAGAUUAAUCCAGGAAACAUUUCAUUUGAUACCAAUGACAGUAUGAAAGGCCAAUGUUAAUUUAGGUCAAGUUCUAGUGGCUCUUGGGAUUGGAAUGUUGUACCUCAAAGGGAAAAAGGAUUGCUACAUAGCUCUGCACAUCUGCCAGAGUGUUAGAUCUGGGGAAUCUGCUAUUGAUCAUCUUUCACAGGCUCACUUUAUGACAUAAGAUAUAGAUAAGCUCUCGCUAUAUUUUCUGUUUAAAAAAAAACAAACAAACAAACCAGAGUUGACGUUCAUCAGGGUCUUUGAAGCCUACACAGUGAUAUCUAUUUCUCUGAACAUUAGAAACAAAAUUAUUUCUUGGGGGGGGGGGAGUGGAGAAUUUGAUAAGCAAUUACCUAUCUAGAUGAUUAAACCCUUUCUCCAUCACGUUCCCCAUUGAGAGUAUGAACUUCUGGGUAUUGAUAUGAUUCUGUGUAUCAAAUUAAGCAGAUCAUAGAUUUCUCCUUAAUUUUGUGUUUUAUAAACACUGCCAACAAGCUAUGUGUUUAUGAAUGGAAUCCUUUUGUUCUAUUAUAUACCAUAUCCUGGGUAAAAUAGUUCUAUCCAAAGAGCAUUCAGUUGGCAGAAGAAUCUGAUUCACAAAGCUUUCUAUUUUCAGUGAAGUGGUCCUUGCUUUUGCAAUGGAGUGACGAUGUCGCGGCAUUCCAAUAAGAUAAGAGCCAGAGCUCGAUGCUCUGGUUUAUUGACACGGGAUGUCAAAAUUUAGAUCCAGGCAACCUUGAUGUGCUGUUGAGCCACAGACACAAGGCAGAGCCACCUCCCCAGAGAAAGGGCUACUGGACUGAGAAUGAACUGGAUUCCAACAAUUCAGAUGAGAAAAAGAAGACAGGAACUCUGCUCUCUGGAGCAAGGUUUUGCCAAAGGUUUCUGUUAUUGUUGUUUGUUUGGGGGCUUGAUGAGACCAGUUAAUGGGUGAAUCAUUUCUUUUUCCUUUAAAAUUUACUACAAACCAACAAUAGCAGCAAACAUAUACAUAGAACAGGACUGGACAUGUAACUGUGAACUUCUCUUAGUACAGUUUGUGUUUUGUGUUUAACAUGGUAGUGACAGAACCGUCCUGUUUGUGUUGUCUGUGUCCCUUUCUAAAAUCCCUUCUGCUCUCUUAUGUGUAUUUUUUAAUGUUUUCAUGGGAGGGGGGGUGAAGUGGGGGGGGGACUUGUAUUCCUAUCACUGUUCACCUAUCCUCUCCCCACCUCAACUUCCAAAAUAGCAAAAUCAUUCUUUCACAAAGGACAUUUUCAUCGUGAGCUACUGAACACAAAUAGCGUGGCUAUUUUAGAAGUUGUUUGGUAAGCCAAAACCUUUUUCUACUCAUGGUUUCAUUGGAAACUUGAAGAAGGUUGCUAGAGGCUCUCAUCAUCCUAGAGAUGGAAGGGACCUUUCCAGCGGCUUCAUUUGACAAAAGAAGAAACUGAGAGGCUGUAAGCCAUAUGGGCAGUAGGGAAGAGAGCUGGAAUCUAGUCUGCUUUUGGUUAGGCAACUAAGUGGAGCAACAGAUGAUAGAACACUGGGUCUGGAGUCAGAAAGAUCUGAGUUCAAAUUUGACCUUAAACCCGUAACAGCUGUGUGACCCUGAGCAAGUCCCAGGGUUGUUUUGAAAAGUGUCUGGCACAGAGUAGACCAGUUAUGGCCCUCGUCUAGCCACUUGAUGUGCAUGGAUGGCAUGUGGUUUGCAGGGGUUGGGACUGGAGUUGGGAUGGGGAGUUGAUCUCCUGUGUUUGUGCAUUCUAACACACCGAUCUUUUAACAAGCUAGAUUGGAACAUCCUAGAAUGUUUCUCAGACACUUACAGUUGCUUCCUUUUUAGGAGCCAUUAAAGUGGAAUUCUUAUAGCCAGAAAGUUAAACAAGUUUAUUUCUAGACUGCCAAGGAGGGUAGCACAUCGAAGAACAAAUGUAUCUGUUAUGAACAAUGAAAACAAAUUUACCUGACAACAACCGUGCCUCUUCUCCUCCGCCAUGCUGCUUUGGAUGGGAGGAGGCAGGUGAAGUCAGGAGGGCAGGAAGAGAAUAAGUUUGAGUUCUCUUUUCCCCCCACAAAGUUGCUGAGGGUUUUAAAAGAUUGAACCAAAGCUGUGUACAUUGAUGACUCUGUCUGGGCUAGAUCUAUGUUAGUUGUACCUGAUCAUUUCCAGCUGGAGUGCCUUGCGUUAGCUGCUUUCUACUUUUAGCCACUGCUUUCACGGAUGCUUCAUGGAAUCCUGAAUGGACCCCAACCCUUUGGGGAAAACAAGUGGUAAUCAAAGUGUAGUGAGCAGAGUUGGAACACAAACAUAAUUAGCUUAACACAGGUGCCGGAUAACUUGGCGAGAUGGGUCUCGGGCACAGGGAAAGUCUAUUAAAUAAUGUAAUCAUGAGCCAGAUUCCCAUCUGUGAAUAUAUUGUACUCAGCUGAAAACAAGUCAGUGACCUCAUCUCCUUUUAGUAAACAGGCAAAUAGUCCCUACAAACAAAUUGACUGUAUUUCUUUAAUACUUUCAAUGGGCAAUAGUCAUGGGCAUAGUUCUCAUUUCUUGUCACUGUAAUUUGGCCACUUAAUAAAUCUGUGAAGUAGUGAGUUCUUCAUAUUUUUCACAUAGUACAGAUGAUAGAAAUGAGGCACAGAAAGAUUAUAAGGGUUCCAUGAGUUCAUAGCAAAUAUGUGACCAAGCUAUAGAAAUAUUUGGCAUUUUAUUGAUUCCUUAGACUCUUGAAAUAGUCUGUCCACUAUCACUCCCCAUACUUCUAGCAGUCAGAUAGACGUUUCAGUAAUAAAAGCGUAAACUGCUUUCUUCUCUCUUGUGAGUCCCUCUAAUAUACUCAUUUAUUAAAUUGUUCAGGUGACUUGAAGCUGAGAAGGAUAGUUAACAUAUUUUUUGACAGAAUCUGGAUCAAGAAGAAUCUUUAACAGACCAAAACUUAUAAGUUAAAAUAUAAUAGGGAUAAAUGUAAAGUUCUGCUUCAGGGCUCCAAAAAGUCACUUCACAAAUCUAGGUUCGGGGAAUUAUGGCCACACAGCAGUUCAAAUGUAAAGGAUAUGGGGAAUUCAUAAGAGUGCAAGCUCAACUGAGAUAGUGUGGCAUGGCAGCCGAAAAUGUAUGUGAGGCUAUUUUUUAAAAGGCAUAGUAACCAAAAGGGAGGUGAUAGUCUCACUAUUCUGUCCCCAAUAUUUCAGGGAGGGGGAAUUAUAUUCUCGUUUUUGUUAUUUCUGAUAUACAAAGCCAAAUCAAUCCCCAGAACUUCCAAGUUGGAAUAAUUAUUUUUUUAAAGAAGAAAUGGCAAAGUUAAUAAUAGGGAAAUUGAUAAAAGGAAUUCUGGUUGAUGAAGCUGCCUUUACCAUUUCAGAGAAGCAUAUGCUUUGGAAGCUGUUAUCUUAGAAAGUUGCCUCUGUCACUGAGAGUUUAAGUAACUUAGUCAGAGGUAGACUUGAACCCAUUUUCCUGGCUUGGGGACCACAUUGUCAAUAACAACAAAACACAAUAAUAAUAUUCUUCCAUCUGACGUGGAGUGUUUCUAAAUCAGUGAAGAAACUUUCCCGGCUAUUUCUAACUAAUAACCAUAAUUAUAUAGGAUUCCAAGAGAGCAGCUAGAAGUUACAGUAGAUAAAGGGUGCUGGGUCUAGACCUAGGAAAACUCACCUCCCUGAGUUCAAAUCUGGCCUCAGAAACAAACUAACUGUGUAGCCUUGGGCAAGUCACUGAGCUCUCUUUGCCUCAUUUUCCUCCUUUAUAAAAUGAGCUGGAGAAAGAAAUGGAAAACCAUUCCAAUGUCUUUGCCAAGAAAAUUGCCACGAAGAAUUGGAUGUGGCUGAAAAGCAACUCAACAUCAGCAAGGAUUCUAAGAUUUACAAAGUGCUUUCUUUGCUCAGGAUAAUCUUGCAAAACAAGACUAGCAAGUAUUAACCCCAUUUCACAUCAAGGAAAAGGAGACUGAGCGUUUAAAUGACUAGUCUAAGAUUCCACAGCUAGUGUGAAAGAGUGUUAGAGGCCAGUGGGAAACACAGGUCUCCUGAGUCCAGAUCUUUCUCCACUACCCCAUACUGCCUUUCUAUUACUUUUUUAUGUUCGCAAUGUGUGUGAUGGUAAAUUCUGUGAAUUCUUUUUUUCCCUUAAAUACCUAGUAGUUAUACUUUUUUAUCCUCGUUCUUAAAAACCUGUGUGGUGUUGUCAGAAUAAGAACAUUCCAUACAUAGUUCAGAAACAAGCCCAGAUUCCUGAGUAAUGGACAGUUACAAAUGAUAACUUCAUUUGAACUUGGGUUUAUUGUGAACGCCAUGAAAAGUGGUGGCAUUGAGCAGAGGGAGCUACAACUGUAUUUUUUGUGGGUUCGUGGCAAAUAUAAGUCACUGAAGGAAAGAAUAAACAUCAAAUCUUUCCUUUUAUUAUAUUCCUGUAGACCAUUUGAUUCUCCUAUCCAAACCACUUGGUGAAUAUACCAAUGUGACUUGCUUCACCAACAGUUGUAUUCUAUCUGUCUACACCUGGACUCAAUUUUUCAUUGUAUUAAGAAAAUUACUGAAAUGUAAUUGUAUGAAAUACAAGAAAAUUGCAAUUUUAGCUCUGUGAUUUGUUCAUUAGUAAGGACUGUAUUUAUGUCACUAUCAUUAAAUGUAUGUACUUUUUCAAA